AUGUUGACUGUUGAGACUAAACCGCUGUUUGUAAGUUACACAUUUUUUUUUGUUUGAAGAAGAAAAAAAUGAAUCAAGGUUUUUUCAGGUUUUCCGGCUCUUCAGUGAUGUAAGAAUCCAACGAAAAGUGAUUCUGAUUUCGGGACUUUGGUUGCUCCUCAGCUUGAUGGCAAAUGAUUAUUACAAGGUAUUUAUACUUAUUUUCACCUUUUUUUGUUUCAAAAAUGAGAAAUCCUGAAAUUUUGGAGAAAAAAGAAAGUAGAAAUGCAAUGUCGCUCUAUUGAACUGUGCGAUAGAGCGACCUUCCAUUUUUACUUUUGUUUUUUUUCUUUUUUUUCGCGCACAACAUGUUUUUCUUGUUUAGUUGGAACACAAUCAACACCGCAUCUUGAACUUGUUGAUAAUAUUCUCAACAACAUUGGCAAUCAUCGGACUUCUCACCGAAAAAUGGCAAAAUCUUCUGCCAUUCUCGAUUUUUCAAAUGUUUUUGUAUUUCGAAUAUUCGCGUGUUCAAAUCAUCCCAAUGUUGUCCAAUUUGAUGGAAAUGCUUUCGGAGAAUGACUAUGAAUUUCGCCACGCUUUCAAGAUUUAUUUGCUUUUGGCCUGCUCAAUUUUCGCCAUUUUAUUCCUGAUUUAUGCAAUGUUCUGCACAUGGUCCGUGAUUUUCUAUUUCUACACAAUGGUGAGUUUUUAAUACAUUUGGGGUAGAUUUGUAAUUAUCUUAUAAUUUUCCAGGAAUCCUCGGCCAACCUCAACACUUCGGAGAAUCCAGAAGAUUCCAAUGUCUGGUCAACAAUCUCACUUCUCUGGAACGGAAAAUCGACCCAGGAAUCGCCAAACUCUGCAACUUCUCGCAACAUCAAAUACACAGUCAAUCCAAACUUCGAAAACUCGAAUAUUUAUAAACCAUAUGCUUGA